UGAUCACAAAAAAACUGGGCAGGAGGAACCCCAGAUAAUCACAGUUGACAUUAGUUUGGGACGAAGCCAGUUGUGUCCUGCUAGGUGGGCAGGAAUAGUCGCGAUGCAGAAGGCACCAUCAACUCAACACGUGAUGCGGGUCAGUGGACCCUGCAGGAUACCAAUUCCUGUAGCCUGCCAGACAUGCUACAUGCAGAGCUGGAAUGGACAGGAACGCACAUCGCGGGGGCGCCUUGCUUCGACAAGCUCGCAGGUCUGCCUUGUUCCUCUUUCCUUGAAGGGGCCGAUACAGACUCCUACACGAUCCUCGCGCCUCCAAGCAACACCAGUUGUGGCGGUGGCGGCCCCGGAGAGGCCCACCAUUCUGGUCACAGAGGAGCUAGGUGAACCAGGCAUUGAUCUCCUGAGCCAGCAUGGGGAUGUUGAGAAAGCCUACGACCUCACCCCAGAGCAGCUGUGCGAGAGGAUAGCCACAGCUGACGCUCUGAUCAUCCGCUCGGCAACACAGGUCACGAAGGAGGUCUUUGAGGCUUCCAAGGGGCGCCUCAAGGUGGUCGGCAGGGCUGGCGUGGGAGUCGACAAUCACGGCUGCCUGGUGGUGAACGCGCCGACGGCCAACACGAUUGCGGCCGCGGAGCACGGCAUCGCGCUCAUCUGCGCGCUGUCCCGCAACGUGGCGCAGGCCGAUGCGAGCGUGAAGGCCGGCAAGUGGGCGCGCUCCAAGUAUGUGGGAGUUUCCAUCGUCGGCAAGACGCUUUGCAUUAUGGGCUUCGGCAAGGUGGGCAGCGAGGUGGCGCGGAGGGGCAUCGGCCUGGGCUUUGCCAGCGUGAUAGCGUACGACCCGUACGCAUCGGAGGUGAAGGCGCAGGCGCUGGGCGUCAAGCUGGUGUCCUGGGAGGAGGCCCUCGCGCAGGGCGACUUCUUCUCCCUCCACAUGCCCAUGACCCCCCAGACCAAGGGCAUCUUCAACGACGACACGUUCAGCAAGAUGAAGAGGGGCGCGCGCGUCAUCAACGUUGCCCGCGGCGGUGUCAUCGACGAGCCGGCUCUCGUUCGUGCGCUCGACGCCGGCAUCGUUGCACAGGCGGCGCUGGAUGUGUUUGUGAAGGAGCCGCCGCCGGCAGACAAUCCGCUGGUGGGCCGCGAGGACGUGGUGUGCACGCCGCACCUGGGCGCCAGCACCACCGAGGCCCAGGAGGGCGUCUCCGUCGAAAUCGCCGAGGCCGUCGUGUCCGCCCUCAAGGGUGAGCUGGCAGCGACGGCGGUGAAUGCGCCAAUGGUGCCGGCAGAGGUUCUGGCGGAGCUGCAGCCGUUUGUGGCGCUGGCGUUGGGCCUGGGCCGUGCUGCGGUGCAGCUGACCGACAAAUCUGCACGAAUAUUGAAGCAGUCAGACUGGUGUGCAGAUGACUUGGACACGCGGCUGCUGCGCGCGAUGGUGAUCAAGGGCAUCCUGGAGCAGAUCACAACGGCCAACGUCAACCUGGUUAACGCCGACCUGCUGGCCAAGAACCGCGGCCUGCGCAUCAUCGAGUCCACCGUGCCCGCCGAGGGCAAGGAGGUGCUGAAGUCGCUGCGCAUCGCCCUGGGCAGCAGCGACACGCGCUUCAGCGCAGCGCUCGGCACGGACCGGAAAAUUUCCGUCACCGGCACAGUGAAGGGCGCCGCUCCCUACCUCACGCGCAUUGGCACCUUCGACGUCGACCUCUCCCUCGACGGCAUCAUCCUCUUGACGCGGCAGAAGGACCAGCCGGGCGUCAUCUCAGCGGUGUCCACAGUGCUGGCAGAGGCUGGAGUCAACAUCAGCUUCAUGUCCGUGUCAGUCACCCCCGACAACGACGCAGUCAUGGCCCUGGGACUAGACAUGGAGCCCACCCCCGAGCUCCUGGCCAAGCUGCCGAGCCUCAAGGGCAUCACCGAGUUUGCCAUGUUCUCAGAGAAGGUCUGAUUAAGAUGUUUGGCCUGGCCUGAGGCAUAUAUUUUUGGACCAAGACGGAGUCGGCCCAUUCUCUCGCCUGCUCUUGACAAUUGGCAUGGAGGGAGCGCUUGCAAGGGCUGCCAGACAUUUCUUGCUGCAUGUGCUUGGGAAAAUCACAUGCCAUUCAUAUUCCUAGUCCAUGUGAAAGGCUAUCGUGCAAGUGCUACCGCAAGGAAGCGUGCAUGCGAGAGCAUCCGCAUUGGGUUCUGAGAGAAGCUCGUUGGGACCUGUGUGUCGCUUGUUUAGGAGGUUUAUAGAAUUCUUAGGAUGUGGCAGCCGUGCUUGCUGCACUAUUUUUUAGUGGCGUGUGAUGCUUUUGAUGGUUGACAAGUACUUAGUGGUUACCAAUAAAGCCUACUAGUUUACCCCUGCUUGCUGUCGAUGCGCCUGCUGCUUAAUUAAGGAUUGAGGGUGUGUAGACGAGGCCAGAUUUAAUUCCAAAGGAUGAUUGCAGGUAGCCAAUGCUGACGCUUGAAUGACUGAGAUGAAGAGGCCGUGGCUUCGGGCACCAGCACAUUUAGCACGCGCUUACUUCAAGGACGUAUAUUGACAUUGCUGCACAUCGACACAUGUGUAAAUGAAGUUAUGCUGAGC